CGUCCGUCCGAAAUCCUAAUCUCAAUCCCAAGCAGCGCAAAAAUAUAUAAAAGGGGCGGCGAAAUCCCAGACGCGGUUUUUAGAACACCGGAAAGUGGUGGGUCCGCUUUUCGUGCCAAAUCCUGACUAGACUACCCCUUCGCAGCUCCAAUAGCCAUCUCGCCCUCUCUCUUCGGCUUUUCCUCAACCAGGAGCAAUGAUUCGGCUACGCAAAGUAAAGGAAAAGCAGAGAGAAAUGGCUGAAAAUGCCAAUGGUGGGGCACCUAUCAGAAGGCAAACUGCAGGGGAGUUGCGUCUUCAUAAAGAUAUCUCUGAGUUGAACCUACCUAAAUCUUGUACUAUAUCAUUUCCUAAUGGCAAGGAUGAUUUGAUGAACUUUGAGGUUUCUAUACGCCCUGACGAAGGAUAUUAUCUGGGUGGCACUUUUUUGUUUUCCUUCCAAGUUUCUUCCAUUUAUCCACAUGAGGCACCAAAGGUUAAGUGCAAGACCAAGGUCUACCAUCCUAAUAUUGAUUUGGAAGGAAAUGUCUGCCUCAACAUUUUACGAGAAGAUUGGAAACCUGUGCUCAAUAUAAACACUGUUAUCUACGGGUUAUAUCAUCUUUUCACGGAACCAAAUUGCGAGGAUCCCCUUAAUCAUGAUGCUGCCGCAGUGUUGAGGGAUAACCCGAAGAUGUUCGAGUCUAAUGUGAAAAGGGCUAUGUCUGGAGGAUAUGUGGGGAACACCCUUUUCCCCCGCAUUAUGUGACUUUUGCUCUGUAGCAGAAAGUGGCAAUGCGCAAAUGUUAACGAUUCUGGAAUCCCCAUGGGUUGUAUAAUUGACUGCAAAUUAUUUGUCAUGCCUUUUGAUUUUCUGGGUGAAGCUGGUGGAAUUAAUUCCUAAAAGGAAAAAAACUGAAAUGCACACCCAGUUUGUUUCAUUAUAUUGUUUGUAAUGCCAUUUGUGUUGUCGUAUCAUAUCCAUGACCCAACCCACUCAUGAUUUGGCCUCCAUUCAUCCAUAAGUUGGCACCAUGCACUUAUCGUUUAAGGGUUGAGGUUACGUGCUUGAGAUUAUGGUUUCUGAGUGUUAAUUUACAGGUGAUGAGGUUGUAAG